CCUUCCACACUCUGGCGCGCCUUCGAAACGGAUAAACCUUCUCUUUGCUUUCUCUUCCUUUCUCUCCUCUGAGCUCUGAAACUUCAAAAUACCAAAAAAAUAGAAUAAAAUAAAAUAAAAAUGCUGGUAUAUCCUAGCGGCGUACGAAGCACGCCGUGCUACUCUCACCCUUCGCAUUUAACUUUCUCCAACCGUUGCAAACUGUUUUUAUCUCCUAGUUGGCCUUGCUUCCUUAGUUCCAAAAAAUCCUCCAAGUUUUGCUCUCUCUCGCUGCUUUUAUCGAGAAAUGGCGGUGGCGGUAACCGCUUUUCCGUUAGAGCUUUGCUGGAAUCGGAAGUUUCCGAGUCCGUUGCAGAUGCUGCCGAUUGCGCUGGUGGUGGUGAUGGUGGUUCCGGUAUUCUGCAACCGGUUUCUGUGAAAAUUCCGUUUGGAGAUAGAGAGAUUCUGGUUGAGACAGGUCAUAUAGGGAGGCAAGCUAGUGGUUCUGUAAUGGCAACAGAUGGAGAAACUAUUGUAUACACUUCAGUUUGCUUGUCAGAUGUCCCAAGUGAGCCUUCUGAUUUUUUUCCCCUUAAUGUUAAUUAUCAAGAACGUUUUUCGGCAGCAGGUCGAACAAGUGGUGGUUUCUAUAAACGAGAAGGGAGGACAAAGGAUCAUGAGGUUCUUAUUUGCAGACUGAUUGAUAGGCCUUUGCGUCCAACCAUGCCUAAGGGCUUCUACCACGAAACUCAGUUACUAUCUUGGGUUUUGAGUUAUGAUGGUUUGCACUCACCAGAUGCUUUAGCAGUUACUGCAGCCGGAAUAGCAGUAGCUCUUUCAGAAGUGCCAAACUCAAAAGCAAUAGCAGGAGUGCGAGUAGGUUUGCUUGGUGAUAAGUUUGUUGUGAAUCCAACAACAAAGGAGAUGGAAGACUCAACAUUAGACCUAUUUUUGGCAGGCACAAACAGUGCUAUAUUAAUGGUUGAGGGUUAUUGUGAUUUUCUACUGGAAGAAAAGUUGCUUGAAGCGGUACAAGUCGGGCAGGAUGCAGUGAGAGCAAUCUGCACUGCUGUGGAGGCUUUGGUCAAGAAGUGUGGGAAACCAAAAAUGCUUGAUGCAAUCAAACUGCCACCUCGUGGGCUUUAUAGGCGUGUGGAACAAAUUGCUGGUGACGAAUUACAUAAAGUGCUGCAAAUUAGGAGCAAAAUACCAAGAAGAAAGGCCAUCUCAUUGUUAGAAGAGAAUGUUAUUAAUAUACUGACAGAGAAGGGAUAUAUCAGUACAGAAGAUAAUUCAGGAACUGCUGAAACAAUACAAGACUGGCUUGAGGAGGAAGAUGAGGAUGAAGAAAUUGUUGUAGAUGGUGAAGUAGAUGAAGGUGAUGUGCACAUAAAGCCUGUUUCUCGAAAAUCCGCUCCCUUGUUUACUGAGGUAGAUGUGAAGCUGGUAUUUAAGGAGGUUACAUCCAAAUUCUUACGAAGACGUAUUGUGGAGGGAGGAAAAAGAAGUGAUGGGAGGUCACCAGAAGGGAUACGUUCAAUCACAUCAAGAUGUGGCUUGCUUCCAAGAGCACAUGGAAGUGCUCUCUUCACACGUGGCGAAACACAGUCACUGGCGGUGGUUACACUUGGUGAUAGACAAAUGGCACAAAAAGUAGACAAUCUAGCGAAUGUAGAGGAAUUCAAGAGGUUCUAUCUUCAGUACUCAUUUCCUCCAUCAUGUGUUGGAGAGGUUGGACGAAUGGGAGCGCCUAGUAGAAGAGAAAUUGGACACGGUACUCUUGCAGAGAGAGCUCUUGAGCCUAUAUUGCCUAGUGAAGAUGAAUUUCCUUACACCAUACGUGUUGAAAGUACCAUUACUGAAAGCAAUGGCUCAUCAAGCAUGGCAUCUGUUUGUGGAGGUUGCUUGGCAUUGCAAGAUGCGGGUGUUCCACUAAAGUGCUCUAUUGCUGGGAUAGCAAUGGGUAUGGUUUUGGACACAAAAGAAUUCGGGGGAGAUGGUACACCACUUAUUCUUUCUGACAUUACUGGAUCUGAAGAUGCAUCUGGAGAUAUGGAUUUUAAGGUUGCUGGAACUGAAGAUGGCAUAACUGCAUUUCAGAUGGACAUAAAGGUAGGAGGGAUCACCUUACCUGUCAUGAAAGAGGCACUCCUACAGGCAAGGGAUGGUCGGAGACGUGUUCUUGGUGAGAUGUUGAAAUGUUCACCUCCUCCCGCAAAAAGUCUCUCUAAGUAUGCUCCACUUAUUCACAUCAUGAAGGUUGCUCCUGACAAAGUUAACGUUAUUAUCGGUUCUGGUGGGAAGAAGGUAAAAAGCAUUAUUGAAGAAACUGGAGUAGAGGCUAUUGACACACAAGAUGAUGGAAUUGUAAAAAUCACUGCAAAGGAUUUAUCAAGUCUGGAGAAGUCCAAAUCCAUUAUUAGAAAUCUGACAAUGGUUCCAACUGUUGGUGAUAUUUACAGGAACUGUGAGAUCAAAUCAAUUGCUCCAUAUGGAGUUUUUGUUGAGAUAGCUCCAGGGCGUGAGGGACUUUGCCAUAUUAGUGAGCUGACUUCAGACUGGUUGGCCAAGGCAGAAGAUGCCUUUAAAGUUGGUGAUCGUGUUGAUGUUAAACUUAUUGAGGUUAAUGAUAAGGGACAGCUUCGCCUUAGCCGCCGUGCACUACUUCCUGUUCCUGAAACAAAUUCAGAGGAACCUAGUUCAGAGCAGCUUACUGGCCAUCAAGCUAAAAUUAUUACUGAUUCCGGAAAAGCAUCUGACAAAAGCAUACCUGAAAAGUAUGUGAAUGUUCCCAAGUCUGAUGCUUUAGCUCAAGAGAAGCUUGAACAGCCCAAAGAUAAAGGAAGUGGUACAAAAAUUUCAAGCUCAUCCAAAAGUAGUUCUGCAGAGAAUUCUCUGCUGCCACGAAAGAAGGUUUUUAAGAGAUUAAAGAAGAGCACCAGUAAAGCUGUCACUGGUGUCUCUGGCAAAGAUGGAGAGUAGUCAGUGAUUGAUUGGAAGUAUUUUUUGCUUAUAACAUGAGGACAAGAAAUUUUUUUAUCUCCAAUAACCGCGGUGAGGAAGGUGACAGCAUAGCUUCCUCACUUAAGAAGAAGCAGAGGAGGAACAUUCAUCAGAACAGAACUGGAAGCGUGCACUUGGUUUGUGAAAUACAAACUCAGGCGCCGGCAGAACCGAAUGACAUCUCACUUCCAUAUAAAAUGUUUAUUAAGAAGGCAAGGCAGAUAAGCUGGCACAGCUUGAUCUCAAGUUUUGCUGCAGUAAGAACAUUUUGCUUGAUGCUUAGAAAUUUUUGAUGUAGUGAUUUUAUACUCUAUCCCUUACUUUUUUGUGAGUACAACUUCUUGAUUUCUGUCUGCAAUGGUCCUUUGUAUAUUUGUAAUUGCACCAUUGUAAGCCAUUGUUGUUCUGUUGGGCCAAACUUUUUUGUGCAUCUGAAGCUGUAUUUUCAUUGUUGACGGCAUUUUUUUUUUCUGUCUUUUGGGACAUGAUUUAAGAGUGCAAUUUUUUAUUAAACUUCAAGUUAUAUUAGAAACA